ACACAAUAAGAUAACCUCUCAAUUUCCCUGUCGAAGCAAAAGAAAACUCUUACUGUGAUCAAAUAGCAUGACAUCUAUGGAGGUCUAGCAUUUUACACCUGAAUAACAAUACAGAUUCUCCUUGCAAACAAAAAUGGAACAUUCAAUAGCACAGGAGGUGAUCACUUGUGAUAUCUGUUUAAAAGCCACACCCCAGAAAUUCUGUAAUAACUGUCAAGUCAACCUGUGUAAGGCCUGUGUCAAUGAACAUUUAGAUGGAAGGAAGUGCCAGACGCACGAAAUAGUGCCGUUCCAAUACAGAAAUGAGCUGAUGUUCCCCCACUGCUCUGUGCACCCUAACCAGAUCUGUGAGGCCCAGUGUCAGUUUUGUGAAAUCCCUGUCUGUAUGAAAUGUGUGAUCAAGUCCCACAGUCACCAUCAACUGAUGGAGAUCGUUCAACUUGUCUGCUUAAAACGAGACGAAAUUAAAUCUGACAUGGAGGAGCUAAGGAAAGUAGUGAUACCUCACUGUAAGCAGGAGAAUGAAAAAAUUGUUUCCAAAAUCUCAAAGGCACCAGUUAAAUAUGAACAGAUACACCGAGAGGCAGAAAUUCAGAGGAGAAUAUGGCACCAGGAGGUAGAUGGCUUCUUCAAUAAAGUCAAAAGUAAGAUUCACAGUGAUAAAGAUAAAUAUAUUGCGACUCUAAAAUGGCAGCAGACGAAACUAAAACAGCUGCACCAAGAGCUGUGCCACAGUGUUCAGGUGAAUAGGGAUCUCCUGAUGUCCAAACAGGCCUCUGUUGUUACCAAGUACCAGUCUAAACUCCAGGACUACAUCAAACGAACUUCCAUCACGGAUACAGUAGUUACUACCAUUCAAACAAGCCUGAAAAAAGGGGAAGAACUCUGUUUCGAAAUAGACCAAAUAAAGGCAUCAUUUACACAGACUGAUGGGAAAGUUAAUGACAAAGUUGAAGCUGUUGCUUGUAUUCCAGAUCAAGAAGAUUUCAAAAAAUGUACACUUAACCCCCAUAUCCCAAUAGCACUGGAAAUCGAUUCUACCCUGUCAACAACAGUUGUAUCUACUGACUCUUCAUUGGCAUCUCAAGAUUUGCCAGACAGUGUUGAAUUUAAAUCACAAGCAGAUAUUUUAUCCUUGAGACCAGUUCCUCAUGUACUUAAUAAAGCCCACAAUGUGUCCAAAAUACGCGCAAGAAAGAAUAUUUUCUCGAAAUCAUUGCCUAACAAAAUGCAUCUACACAGGACUAUUGUAAUAUCCAAUUCAACAAAAGUAACCACAAGUUCUUCUUUGUCAGCAGUGGAGCUGCUCCACAAAUCUAAAGUGAUAUCCGCGACUCAAACCGGAGUUAACAAUCUGAAUGCUGUGGCGUGCUUAGGAACAUAUGAAGCCUGGAUAUGUGGAGAAAGCAAGAAUAUCUGCCGCAUUGAUAUACAAGGCUUCCCUAAAGAAACUGUGAUUACUACAUGUAAGUAUUUUCCUGGAGACAUUGCUGUGACUCAGAACGGAGAACUUCUUUACACCGAUAUCAAUGAAAGAGCUGUUAAUAUCAUUCGGAAUGGAAUAAGUGAAACUUUGCUUCCCAUCCUCAAGGGAUGGCAUCCAUACACACUUUGUAUCACCAGGUCGGGUGACAUGCUUGUCGGGAUGUUCACAGCGGAUAACAGACAUCACAAAAUUGUACGCUAUCAUCUUCUAGAGGAAAAACAGGAGAUCGAAAAAGACUUCAACUACGAAAACUACCUCUUCAAAGAAGGAGAGCGUCCCAUCUACAUUACAGAAAACAUCAACAGGGAUAUUUGUGCUGCCGAUCUCAAUGCAAAAAUGAUGCUGGUUGUUGACAAUAAAGGGAAAGAAAGGUUCCGCUACAAUGGCACACAGGCAAGGCUGACCAAACCAUUUGUUCCUGGUCAGGUGGUGACGGAUUCCGCUGGACGUAUCAUCGUGACUGACCAGAUGAAUGACUGUCUUCAUGUCCUGGAUCAGAACGGCCAGUUUCUGAGAUGUAUUGAUGAUUGUCAGCUAGAGCAGCCAACGGGGCUGAGUAUUGAUAGAGAAGGCAGGCUCUGGGUGGGGUCAUAUAAAACAGGAGAGGUCAAGGUCAUUGAAUACAUAAAACCCAGCCAAGGUCAUUCACCUCCCAGGAGAUGUUUGUCUGCUUUACAUCCAUCAAUAGUCCAGACACCUGUGUGAUUUCUAAUACAGGUGUAAAUGAUCUAACCUCUAAAAUGUUGAAGUUUCUGUUUUUAUGU